GUCAAAACCAUGGGUGUAAACAUGUUGAGUGCCAUAGGUUACGAAUUCAAGCCGCAAAUAAAGGAGAAGGUCCCUUGGCGACCCCAUAAGAAACGCGCCCCCACAACCAAACCCCCCUUCACCCUUGGAGAACUGAAGGGUCUUAUACCUCAGCAUUGCUUUGAACGAUCCCUCCCACGGUCCUUAUACUACUUGAUGCGAGAUCUGGUCCUCUUGAGCGCCUUCUACCACGUGGCCGACACUUACAUCCCUCUCCUGGCGUGGCCGCUGCAGUGGGUGGCGUGGCCCGCGUACUGGGUCGCUGCCGGGAGCGUGGGCUUCGGUUUGUGGUUCCUAGGCCACGAGUGCGCCCACGGCGCCUUCAGCGCCCACGCCUGGCUCAACGACACCAUCGGCUUCGUCGUGUUCUCCUGCGUGGCGGUGCCCUAUUUCCCGUGGCAGUGCGGUCACGUCAAGCAUCACGCCAACACCGGCACGCUGGAGAGGGAUGAGGUCUUCGUUCCCAAGCAGAAACCUUCAAGAUCCAAGAGGUUCCUGAACAACCCGUUGGGCCGGAUCCUUAUAAUCCUGCUCAUGCUGACGAUAGGGUUCCCGGCGUACCUGCUGUUCAACACCUCCGGACGCCGCUAUCCGCGACGCAACAACCACUUCUCGCCAUUCAGCCCCAUGAUCCCGCGUCGGAUGCGCCCCUGGGUGCUUCUCUCCGACGCCGGCGUGCUCGCCGUGCUAGCCGCGCUCGCCUGGCUAGCGCACUCGCAUGGCAUCGCCUGGCUUGUCGCUCGCUACUGGGUCCCGUACACGGUGCUCAACGCUUGGCUAGUCUGUACCUCCGUUCUGAACCACUCCCACCCGGCCCUGGCACAUUAUGAUGAGGGCGCGUGGGACUGGCUCCUGGGAACGCUGACCUGCACGAUGGACCGUGAUUUCGGGCCGCUGCUCAACUGGGUGUUCCACGACGGGCAGAACGUCCACACGGUACACCACGUCUUCCCGCGGAUCCCGCACUACUACUUGCGCGAGGCGACGGAGGCGCUGAAACCCGUGCUCGGCGAGUACUACCACAGCGACGCCACGCCCCCGCAUCGAGCCCUCUACCAAGUCGUCAAGGAGUGCGUCUUCGUCCGCGAGGACGUCGACCAGAGAGGGGUCUACUGGUACGAGGGACUCUUCGACAUGAUGAUGUGAAGUAAAGGACGCGGCGCCAAAUGCAACCAUUCCUGCUCCAACGCUGUCCAUGUUGCAUAAAGUGACGAAUGAAGGCGCUUCGAGUUUUCCUGCCUUCACGAAGAUGCAUGCGAUUAAUGCAACACGGAACGCGGCAUUUGCUGGUACUAUGACCGGUGCAGAGUGGUGCGACCUCGUAAAAUUCGAAAUUGUUAAAUUGUACGAGAAGUGACACUAAAGUGCGAAACCACGUAUCUCCAUUGCAGUG